AUGAAGAUCAAUUUGUCUAUACCUCUCCAGGCUGCUAGAUGGUUUUCUUAUUUGUUAUUUCUGAUCUCUGUUGAGGUUAUCCUUGUAUUCCCGCUUGCAAAUUUGUUAUGGAUAGAUUUCAUAAAUCGAUUGAUUCCAAAUAGUACAAUGCAUCUGAUACCACUGAGUAACAUGCUCAAUAGCUGGACAAUUCCUUUUGAUUUUUCUGUAAUAGCCAAUUCUACAUCAAUCAUUGAGUCGGAUACUAUGGUACGGUCAGAUAUACCAUUAGAGAUUACCAUUAAUUUAGGUAUUUAUUGUACAUCGCAGAAGCCAAUUGAAUCUGCGGUUUUGACAAUUGACAAUAAAAGUCAAAGAUUAGCGCUAACAUGUUUCCAGAACGUCGACUUUUUAUCCACAAGGUUCACUGGAUUCGACUCUGUUUCCAAAACGAUUAAAAAGGAUAUGAUCAACGAAUUCAAGUUUGAAUUCCCUGUAAACCCUGAUAAAAAGAAAAUACAUAUUCAAUUGAGUGAUUACACAGAAAAUCAUCUUCUAGACCAUAUUAAUGCCCAGUUUUCGGUGAAAUAUACAGGAUUCCGCAAAUUCCUUUUAAAAUGGAGAAUAACGUGUCAUAUCUUCGGUACUCUGAUAUUCGCCAGUCUAAUAUCUGCCUGUUUCUUGCUUUCCUUCACGGUAGCAUUUGGUUACAUUUAUGUAUCUUAA